AUGCUCGACUUUUGCCAGAAGGUGUUCCGGCGCGAACCGGACGAGACGCAGCAGUUCCUGGACGUUGGCUGCGGUAUCGGAGACCUGACGCGAGAGGAGCUGCUUCCUCGAUGCCUGCCGUGCCGGCGCAUCGUCGCCGUCGACUUGUCGGCGCAGAUGGUGGAGCACGCCACUCGUCACUAUCACCACGACAGGCUUCACUUCAGGAAGUUAGACAUCGAGAGCGACGAGGACGUGGCCGAGUUCAUCGGCGAGCAUGGUCUCUUCGACCGGGUGUACUCGUUUCACGCUGUCAUCUGGGUGCGAGACCAAGCUAAGGCGCUGAAGAACGUGGCCAGGCUUCUGAAGCCUCGCGGAGAGUGCCUUCUGAUUUUCCACGCGUCUCUGCAAUCGUUCGACAUCAGCCGCAACCUCCUUAAAAUGGAGCGUUGGAAUAAGUAUUCUCACUUGGUCAAGCAGAUGGUACCGAAGACGCAAGACAUGAACGGCGACGAGCGCAUUGAAUACAUUUCCAGGAUCCUGGCAGAAGCUGGACUCUCACCGAGUAUAUUGGAGCUUCCAGUGAGCACAGUUUUUGACAACAUGAGCUUCGAAAUCAUGGCUGGUUAUCCGUAA